CCAUCAUUCGUACCUGGCGAAGUCCCACCCAGGCACCGUAAAGCACAGUCAAUGGGCCCCACCCCUGCCGGGGGAGCAACAGGCACUGGGAACUACAUUCUCCAAUAGGCAGCCCAUGGGUUCCUUCCAGGCUCCUCGCUUCUCGAGCAUGUCUCAAUCCGGUAUGAACGAACAGGACUAUGUCGGUCCUUCUGGUCGUCCUCAGCUUGCACCCAGUUUCUCGUUUGGCGCCAAACGCCGCACGAAUAGCUUGUCCGUUGGACCCGGACCUGCUAUCGGUCAAGGCAUCAACUCUCAUCGUCGCACUGGAAGCGAAAUCAGUGGCAUCAUGUCCCAGCAAAUUGCCAUCCAAAAUCAGAUCGAGGCUCUUCAACAGCAGCAGCAGCAACUUUUGCAACAGCAGUUGGCCUCUAACCAGGUUAUGGGAUCUUCUAUCUCUGCUCCAUCGCUCGCUUCUCAACGUUUACCCGCUCAUCGUCGUAUCCAAAGCCAGCAAGUAUCGCCAGGCGGAAUGCAAAGCAACUAUCAACCUCCUGCUCCCGUCAACACCUUUGGAACUGGAAUGGGUCUCGACCAAGCAAGCAUGCCUAAAGGUCAUGGAAGGCGUCACUCCGUCAAUGUACUCAAUAAGGGCCAUGCUACUCAGCCCUCUCAAUUCUUCUCUUAUAAUGGUGUCGAAGGCUUUGACGAUGGCUUCCAGCCUCCAGCCGAUGCUCCUCCUGUUCCCACUCAACAUAACCGUGGCGCAUCCAAAGCGGACUCGAGCUGGCGUAUCAGUGAGUAA